GAUCGCGAGCGGUGAAACGCGAUCAGAUCAGAGCCGAAUUUCAUAUUUUCAUUCCUAUAUUAUUAAAAAUCGGAACCGUACGGUUUCCGAUGUCUUCAAAAAGUGCUUAGGCGAGGCCUGGAUAAUGGCAGCACACAAAACAGGCGGUCAAAGCGCCCGGAAGAAAGUCCAGGUGUCUAUGGUAAUUAGAGACGAAGUUGAACGCAAGCAUAGAGCUGGCGUCAACUCACUGCAGUAUGAUCCAGUAUCGCACAGGCUGUAUUCGGCGGGAAGAGACAGUAUAAUUCGGAUAUGGAACUGCAAAAAUCUAAAAGAACCGUACAUCCAGUCAAUGGAACAUCACACCGACUGGGUAAACGACAUUGUGUCGUGUUGCGGAGGGAAGAAUUUGAUAUCAGCUAGUUCGGACACGACAGUCAAAGUUUGGAAUGCUCACAAAGGCUUUUGUAUGUCCACAUUACGUACGCACAAAGAUUAUGUAAAGGCGCUCGCCUAUGCCAAGGACAGAGAACAGGUAGCCAGUGCCGGAUUGGAUAGAGCAAUAUUCCUGUGGGACGUCAACACUCUCACUGCUCUCACUGCUAGCAAUAAUACAGUAACCACAUCCUCGUUAACAGGAAAUAAGGACUCUAUUUACAGCCUGGCGAUGAAUCCUUCUGGAACAGUGAUAGUCAGUGGGAGUACCGAGAAAGUGUUGCGUGUCUGGGAUCCCAGGUCAUGCGCAAAAUUGAUGAAGCUCAGGGGUCAUGCGGACAAUAUUAAAGCUUUGGUAUUAAACAAAGAUGGUACGCAAUGUCUUUCCGCAAGCUCGGAUGGUACCAUAAAGUUAUGGUCUCUUGGCCAACAGUGGUGCAUACAAACUUUCAGGGUACACACGGAAGGCGUUUGGGCUUUACUAGCCACGGAUACAUUCAGUCAUGUGAUAUCUGGAGGAAGAGAUAGAAAAGUAAUAAUGACAGAGCUGAGAGCAACUGAGAAAUGCACUGUUAUAUGCGAGGAAAAUGCUCCGAUCCUUAAAAUGGCUAUGACACCCGAUCAGAGCAGCUUAUGGGUAGCAACGAGUGAAUCUACCAUAAAUAAUUGGACAAUUAGUCAAAAAGACUGGCAGUGCGGUGACUAUUGCGAAGACACAAUGGGAAGUGGAGGUGGUUUAAGGACUAUGGGACCACGUAACUCUGAGCCUAUGCAAAAAAUUGUAGGUGGUGCCGCAGUUAGGCAUUGCCAUGUCUUAAAUGACAGAAGACACGUUUUAACCCGGGACACGGAGGAGAAUGUGGCGCUUUAUGACGUCUUGAAAGCUGUCAAAGUCGUUGAUCUUGGACGAGUAGACUUUGACCAAGAAGUGAAGAAGAGAAAUAAGACUGUAUACGUCCCUAACUGGUUCAAUGUCGACCUCAAAACUGGGAUGCUGACAAUACACUUGGGCCAGGAUGAAAAUGAUUGUUUUUCUGCAUGGGUGUCUGCCAAGGAAACGAACUUGGCUGACAACGAUGCUGUUGACCAAAAAGUAAACUAUGGAAAUCUACUGCUUCAAGCACUUCUAGAACACUGGUGGAGGCCGCUACAUGGUGAUGAUGAAAAUGAAGGAAAUGGUAAUGAUGGGAAUGGUCCAACGCAUACGAGAGGAGGCAACCCAUAUUUCUCAGUACCUGGACAUACGCCUGUUAUCUUCAGUGAAGUUGGUGGUAGGACUCUGUAUAGAUUGCUCGUCCGCGAUGCAGCCGGAGAAACGGAAGGCGUUCUUCUAAAUGAGACUGUCCCUCCCUGGGUGGUCGACAUCGUUGUGGAUAAAAACCUACCGAAAUUUAUAAAAAUUCCCUUCUACCUUUUGCCGCACUCCACCUCUGGGGUGAAGAGUUUGAAAAAAGAUCGCCUGAUUGCCAAUGAUUUUAUACAGGUACGCAAAGUUGCCGAACACGUUUAUGAUAAAGUAUUGGGGGCUGGUAGCGAUUCAGGUUCAGUUGCUGGUGGCGGAAAUACGGUAUCAGGUGGAUCCCCAGCUGGAGAUAGAACAAACGCUGACUCAAACACAGAUAACACCUCGUUGGCAGAAGAGAAAGUUGAGUUGCUCUGCAAUGACCAGGUUUUGGAUCCAUCUAUGGACUUGAGAACGGUGAGACAUUUCAUAUGGAAGAGUUCUGCUGAUUUAACACUCCAUUAUCGACCAAUAAAAUAGUUAAAACUUAGAUCAGAGUCAUCGAAGACUUAUCAAUAUAUAUUGCGGCACUAUGGCAUUAUGGCCAAUAAAUCUCUAAGUGAGUACUUCAUGUAAUCCUCGAAAAUUAGUCGAUGAAGAUUUACGAAGUGUGUGUUAGUGGGUGAUAGUGCAGUGAGUUGAGAGCUAUAAUCUCAAAAUUUUUCAACAUGUCAAUGACCAUUCGAAAAAGAGAAAAAACUAUCCCAAAACUUUCGUGAAGUUCACUUCAAGAUCACAGUUAGUCCCUAGAUAUGUUGGAAAAAUUAUAGUUAAUAAAGCAUCAAAGUUUUGAAGUAUUGCCAUUGAAACCUGAAAAUCCGUAAAUAAUAAUCAUGUAAUAUAUUAAGAUAUUGAGAAUAGAGUGUCACCCGAUGAUGGCAGGCUUGUGUAAAUUCAGACAGAGGAGCCCAAUCUAACUAAUAUUAUCUACCAUACUUUUGACACUUAAUUUCCCAGACAUUUGAAAAAUUUACAAAAAUUGCGAUUUUGUGAUGUCGAAGUUUAUUUCAACCAUUAACCAAUUACCUUAGGAGGUAGAUAGGGAGUUAGGUACGCAGGUAGAUUUUUGCCAUUUCUGAAAAACUUCACGAAAAAUACGAAUAAAAAUAUUCAAUUCAAUGAAGAAGAAGAUUUGAUUUAGUCACUUUAAUGACUAUUUGAUUCUUUCAUUGCUGCGAAAACCACUCAAAACUGGAUGUUUCAAUAUUUUCCUACUGUUCUUGAUAUUCACUUUUUAUAUUUAUAUCAAAUUUUUUUACUGUUUUUCAAUGCGUAGUUAUGGGGAUAGA